AUGGGCGGCCGCCGGCGGGGCGCGGAGCCGCAGGACGCCCCGUUUUUGUUGGAUGGUUUCUGUGGGGUUUUUUUAAAGGAAAAUAAGAAAAGAAAGCGUACGGAAGAAGCGGAGGAAGUGUCGGAAGACCAGAACUCGUCUGUCACACAAGAACCCCCUAUAAAAGUAAAGAAAGCCAGAAAAAAGGAGCUUUCAAAGGCAGAGAAAAAAUUGGCAAACAGAGAGAGCGCUUUGGAGCAGGCGGAUGAAGAUGAGGAGCAAAAACUGCUUCAAAACAAAGCAAAACAAAAAAAAAGGGCUUCUCAGGCCAUCACCAAAAGCGUUGUUAAUUCAGAUACAGGCACUACUGUGAAACAACAAAAGGAAAAAAAGGUGACUGAUGAAAUGGUGAACAGAAGAACAGUGUUUGUUGGAAACUUGCCUGUCAACUGUACUGUGCAGGCACUGAAGUCUCUUUUUAAAGAGUAUGGACAAAUAAAAUCCAUUCGAUUCCGGUCUUUGGUUCCAGCAGAAGAUACCUUAUCCAAAAAGUUAGCAGCAAUAAAGCAUAAGGUGCACCCUAAUGCGAAGUUCGUUAACGCUUAUGUUGUAUUUAAGGAAGAAUGUGAUGCCAUUAAGGCUCUAAAUGAAAAUGGAACAGAAAUUGCUAGUGGAUUUCACAUCAGAGUUGACAUUGCAUCAAAAACCAAUUCGCAUGACAAUAAACGAUCCGUAUUCUUGGGAAAUCUCUCAUAUGACAUCAGUGACGAUGCUGUGCGAGAACACUUUUCUGUCUGCGGAGGUGUAGUAGCAGUGCGAAUUGUGAGAGACAGAAAGACCGGCUUGGGUAAAGGCUUCGGCUACGUUCUCUUUGAGAAUACGGAUGCUGUACAUCUUGCUCUGAAACUCAAUGAGACUGUUCUGAUGGGAAGAAAGAUACGAGUGAAGCGCUGUGGAGAGAAGUGGAAAGCACCACAGAAAAGUGCAGAUCAGUCUCGUGCUCCUAAGGACAGAGUCGAUACCACAUUAAAAAACAAGGGGUGCUCUAAUGAUACAUUUGUUGGUGAAAAAGCAGUCCCGUUAAAGAAGAGCACUAAACCGAAAAGACUAAGAACUCUUCCUAGGAAUAAAGCUGGGAAGAACAAACAAUUUUCUGAUAAAAAAUCAAACGUAUAAACGCGUUCAGUAUUGUUAUAAAGAUUGAUGUAUACAAGAGCGUUCUGUCAUAAAUG